GCUGUGGAACUCCUUUUGAGUGAAGAACACAUCAACGGCGUCUCUCUCUCUCUCUCCCCCUCUUUCUCAUCCAGGCGUCAUGCGAAAUGUCAAUUCCCAUAGGAGGGAAAAUCUAUCCGAUUAUCUUUGUGGUAUUCCUUCGCUCUGAGUCCCUGAUUCAGCCACCCAUCUUCUACAAAUAUCUGAACAACAGAAAAUCUGAGCGAUUGAAGUCCAAUUUCAUCGGAAAAUUCAAUCUUCGGAUUUUGCCCAUCAAAAUGGAUCUCAAUGAUUUUAGCAAGGUCUUGGAAAUCAAGACACUGAGGAAGUUUCGAGAAAGUGAGGCAAGGGAAAUUCUUCAGAAUAUAGCAAAACAGGUGCAACCUAUAAUGCGCAAACGUAAAUGGAAAGUCAGGAUCCUUUCUGAAUUCUGCCCUGGAAAUCCCUCUCUUUUAGGGCUGAACAUAGGAGGAGGCUCAGAGGUUAAGAUCAGAUUACGGAGGCCAAACAAUGAGUUGGAUUUCUUGCCUUACAAUCAAAUUCUUGAUACGAUGCUUCACGAGCUCUGCCACAAUGAAUAUGGUCCUCACAAUACUCAGUUCUACAACCUUUUGGAUGAAAUCAGAAAGGAAUGUGAGGAACUGAUGGCUAAAGGGAUUACAGGAACUGGGCAAGGCUUUGAUCUUCCUGGGAGACGUUUGGGUGGGUUUACCUACCAACCACCUUUGUCAUCACUACAACAGAAUGCUCUGGCCGCUGCACAAAAUCGAGCACAGCGUGGAGCGUUGUUGCCAUCUGGGCCUAAGCGUAUUGGUGGUGAUAGCAGCAUAAUGUCUGCACUCAGCCCAAUACAAGCUGCUGCUAUGGCUGCAGAGAGGAGAUUGCACGAUGAUGUUUGGUGUGGAUCCAAUUCUUCCAAGAGUGAAGGGUCUUCUACAACAUUUAGAGAUUCUGCAUUAGGGGAGGACGGAUCUGAUCAAACUUCACAUAUUGGAUCUGAGAGUAGUCCAGAAACUACAGAUGUUCGCUUGAUGUGGCAAUGCAGUACCUGUACAUUGCUCAAUCAACCGUUGGCUCUGGUGUGUGAAGCCUGUGGAACUCAAAAGCAUAGGGGUCCUGGAACGAAGUCCAAGGUCUGGUCUUGCAAAUUCUGUACAUUAAAUAACACUGCUGAGGUAGACAGAUGCAUAGCUUGUGGAGAGUGGAGAUACUCAUACGGCCCACCCGUCUCCGCUAGUGGACCCUCUCUUGGUACCUGAAAUUGAAAGCGCUAAAUUGUCAUACAAAGGAAAGGGCCAAGACAGAUGCCAGCCUCUGGGAUGAUGUCCAGGUUAUGUAACAUGUAAACCUUAGAUGGAUCAUAUAGUCACAUUCAGGCACAUAGUUUACUUGAUGUUACCUAAAUUGUAACUCUUUUGAUCAAAAUAUUGAGUCAAAUUGCUAUGUAUCAUGUAUGUUAUGGAAGGGAUGCCUGCACAUAAUGGUACUUACAAGGUUAUUUAAUCUAAUAAUAGCGUUUAACCA